GAUGUCUUUCCGAGGAAGAAAGAAAUAAAAACCAACAGUGGUCCCACAAACUGUAAACAACAGCGAGGAGAGAGAGAGAGGGAGGGAGAGAGAGAGAGAGAGAGGAGAUCCACAGCCACAGGUCCAUCACCAUCAAAGCUCCUCCCAUCACAGAGUUCAAGGAGAAACCCAGAUUUUAAAGUUUGAACCUUCAACUACCACUGCGACUUGGAGAACAAACCCAGAUUUUCUUUCCCCCUUUUUGACCCUAGAGAGAGAGCGGCGUGAAAAAGGUGAGAGGAGGAGGAGAAAAGCGAAAGCCACCGAAGAAUGAGACUCUGCACCACCAGCAGAGUCGGAGCAGCACAACAAAAGCAACAACUUCAUCAUACUCAGCCGCUUCUGCUUUUACUUACUGCUUCUGCUGGAAGUCCUUUUUCUGCUACUUGUAACUGUCAAAUUAAGUCAAGAUGGGGAACUGCGGGACGAGGGAGGAAUCAGCUGUGGUGACCAAUGCUCAAGUUCAGCAGCUGAGCACGCUGGCGUCUUCCGUGAAGAACGGCGGCGGUGAGAGGAAGCAGAAUCACAGCCGUUCGAUUUCAGAUCUGAGCGAUCCUUCGACGCCACGGAACUUCGAGGACGCGCGGAAGAAUGCGGUGCUGUACACGCACGUCAUCGCCUUCACGCUCUUCGAGCUCGAGACCAUCACCAAGAGCUUCCGCUCCGACUACAUUUUGGGGGAAGGCGGCUUCGGGACGGUGUACAAGGGCUACAUUGACGAGAACGUUCGGGUCGGGUUGAAAUCUCUGCCAGUGGCCGUCAAGGUCCUCAACAAGGAGGGCCAUCAGGGCCACCGCGAGUGGCUGACGGAGGUCAACUUCCUCGGUCAGCUCCGCCACCCCAAUCUCGUGAAAUUGAUUGGGUACUGCUGCGAGGACGACCACAGAUUGCUGGUUUACGAGUUCAUGUUCCGAGGGAGCUUGGAGAAUCAUCUUUUCCGGAAGGCAACUGUUCCGUUAUCGUGGGGGACGAGGAUGAUGAUUGCUCUGGGAGCUGCCAAGGGGCUUGCUUUUCUUCACAAUGCCGAAAGGCCUGUGAUUUAUCGAGAUUUCAAGACUUCGAAUAUCUUGUUGGACUCUGAUUAUGCUGCUAAGCUUUCGGAUUUCGGGCUUGCUAAAGCUGGACCUCAAGGGGAUGAAACCCAUGUAUCGACUCGCGUUAUGGGUACCUAUGGAUAUGCAGCCCCGGAGUAUGUAAUGACUGGCCACCUGACUGCCAGGAGUGAUGUAUACAGCUUUGGAGUUGUUCUCCUUGAGCUUUUGACAGGAAGGAGAUCUGUUGACAAGACGAGACCAAGCAGGGAACAGAACUUGGUAGAUUGGGCGCGGCCAAAACUGAACGACAAAAGAAAGUUGCUACAAAUAAUCGACCCUAGGUUGGAGAAUCAGUACUCAGUCAGGGCAGCACAGAAAGCCUGCAGCUUGGCAUACUACUGUCUCAGCCAAAACCCCAAAGCAAGGCCCUUAAUGAGUGAUGUAGUUGAAACUUUGGAACCUCUACAAAGUUGCAACGAACCAAGUGACUCAGCGGGAGGACCAUUUGCCAUGACCAGAAUCCCUGAGCACAGAAUGCGUCACAGGUUUUCUAACAAUGUAGGUCCUGGUGUUGUUUGUCGAUCUCCCAACCCAAAUUUAUCGCCAGGAGGUCCUGCAGCUUGCAGAGUUAGAUGAGAGUGUCAUCUAUUUUAUAUACUUGUUUGUACCUUGUAUGCAUCAUCCCCCAACCUUUUUUGCAAUGACAGAAUUUGCUUGUUAUAUAUAGUAUCGCCGUCUUCCUUUACCUUCGGUAA